GCGGAGCAGCUGAGUGACUAUGAAAAGCUUGUUAAACGCUAUAGAAACUGGUUUCAGACUAACCAUCAGCAACAGUCUCAACGGGACAGCAGUUUAAAGCCAAGCCAAAGACAGUAUGAGUGCUGACGGAACUGGGACUCCCCCUCCGUAUACUAUACCAGUAGAGGAUGGCAAGGGCUCCAAUGUGAAGGUUUACCAUGUGCACACUCCAUUCACCCCACAGAGCUCCACUAUUGGAGCUUCUCAUGCCCAGGUGGCGUCAUCCAGACCUGUUCAGUCUCAAUCAACUGAAGCCAGAAACAAGUAUGUCAGCUACGAGUCAUAUGAACUUGGUCGCAAACCAGCAAUGGCCACCUGCACGUCCUGUCAACAGCAGGUCUUAACCAAUGUCACCUACAAAGUGGGAGUUUACGCCUGGUUGAUGUGCAUACUCAUAUUCUUUUGCGGGUUUGUUUUGGGCUGCUGUCUGAUCCCGUUUUUUAUGAAGUUUUUCAAAGACGCCUAUCACUCGUGCCCAAGAUGCAACAAGAUCUUGCACAUCGAAAAGAAGCGAUGCUGCCACUGAUCUAUAACAGACAUCAGUGGAUGCUGCUCAGUUUAACACUUCUCACAUUUGUGUGGCACCUUACUCAUCUAUAUGAAGGACUGGACUUUCAGACCAACACAGAUGUCAUCUAGUACAAACAUACUUGUAUAAACUAAUGCUCUGCAACUAUGAAGCUUUUGGUGUUCAUCUGGUUUUAAGCCUAUAACGGACUCAGGGUUAGGGGUUCAGAGGGUCAAGGUUUUUAUGAAACCAAAAAUGUGCACACAUCAUGCAUAACAUGAUGUUAUGUAAAUAUAAUAUAAUAUAUAUAUCAUUUGUUUAAUAACUGCACCAUGUAAUACAGUUGUUUUUAUCUAGUUGCCUCAGUCUUAAAAUCAUAACAAAUCAAGCAUUAUAAUAGCCGGUCAUACUUUACAAUUUUGUAUUAUAGUUUAUGUGUUUACUAACACGAACAAACAAUGAACAAUACACUUGUAACAGUAUUUUUGUCAUAUUUGUAAUGUCGUUGUCAGUUUGUAUUAACCCUUUAAGAUGCACUACUUGAAAAUAAAGUUUUUGGCCCACAUCUUGUAUUGAAUAAUAUACUGACACAACUCUGAUAAAUAGUAAUAAUCCAUUAAAAUAAUAAUGAUAACCUAUAGAUAAAAGAUAAACCAAGUGACUAUGAUGUCUGUUAAAGGGUCAACUUAAAAUCUAACUAAUGAUAAUAAGCAUGAAUUAAGAUUUUAAUGAUGCAUUGGUAAAUGAUGUACUAGUCUUGUUCAUUCCUAGUUUAUGUUAGUAAAUACAUUAACUAACGAAACCUAGAUUUUUUGUUUGUUUGUUCGUUUGUUUUAGCUUUACAGUAAGGUUUCCACUCUUCUCCUUUUUUCCUCCCCUUUUUAAGAACUAGAAUUUCCAUUGUCUUAGGAAUAACCUCAGAAUAUGAGGUGACUUUGUUUAAUAGUGUUAUUUCUAGAUCUGGAAAGGUCAUUGAUAUUACAUGAACUCCAUGGGCGUUAAGAAUACAAGUUUUAUAAUCUAAAUUAAAUGUAAAAAUCAUAGUCCAUUACAUAUUACAAACCAGUCACUGAAAGCAAUGGGGGCCUUUGAAAUUUUUGAGAAAUCAAAAAGAUUAACUUCAAUGUUUACAUUUUAAAUGACCAUACUGCCAAAGCACAUUUGUUUCUUUUAAGCACAUUUUUACCUCUGUAAAAAGUCUCUGUAGAACUCUACAAUAAUGUCUAAAAUACCAUUUGUGCAUCUAAAUGCAACCAUUGUUACAAUAAAACUGAAACAUAUCUGUGCAAUACCCUAAAA